AUGCCCAAUAACGACAAGCCAGUAGUCAACACGCCUGUCGUGGCUCCCGCCGGGCCCCCAACAGACCUUACCGCAGAAGAGGGCCUACGAGGUUGGUUAUGUGUCCUCGGUGCCAGCAUCUGCAUCUUCUGCUCCCUUGGAUUUCUGAACGCAAUUGGCGUCUUCCAGACGGUAUACCAGGAGACAUAUCUUCGUGACUAUACGCCGUCCAGCAUAUCAUGGAUAUUCGCUCUCCAGUUGGCACUCAUGUACGCGGCCGGGCCCCUCUAUGGCCGGUUAGUUGACACCUACGGUCCAAUGCCUGUGCUUUACCCGUGCAGCUUCCUUUGUGUUUUCGGACUUUGCAUGACGAGCUUGGCUACAGAGUACUACCAGAUCCUGCUCGCUCAGGGACUUGUCUUCGGUAUUGGGUGCGGCGGCGUUUUUACGGCGGCGACGGUCUGCGUAGGACAGUGGUUCAUUCGACGCCGAGGCUUGGGCAUCGGCCUUGCUACGACGGGCAGCAGUCUCGGUGGUGUUAUAUUUCCGAUUUUCCUGGAUCAGUUGAUUGGAAAGGUCGGUUUUGGAGGUGCCUUGCGCUAUACGGCACUCCUAAUUGGGAUUCUUCUCUGUUGCUCAUUUUUCUUGGUUCGGGCACGUCUGCCCCGUAAAAAAUGGAACCCCGACGCGAAAUGGUUUGACUUGUCAUUAUUCAAGCAGAAGCGGUUUGCCUAUUAUACAAUGGGUGCGUUUUUGGUCAAUUGGGGCUUGUUCGCACCAUUCGACUUCUUACCAAGCAUGGCAUUGAACUCGGGGUUCCCGCCUACUCUUGCGUUCUACCUCGUUUCUAUCAUGAAUGCAAGCUCGAUACCUGGCCGCAUUCUGCCUCCUUAUCUUGGAGAUGGAAUCGGGCAUUUCAACGUCCUAACGGUCUCUGCCCUGAUGGUAGGAGCUUCCAUGCUUGCGUUAUGGCUGCCUUUCGGAUAUCAUCCUUCGCAAGCAGGUAUCAUCAUCUUCGCGCUAGUUUAUGGAGUCGCUAGCGGGGCCUUCGUUUCUUUGAUGAUGCCAUGUGUGUUCAAGCUGGGCGAUAUACAAACCAUCGGCCAGCGGUUUGGCACAUUUCAGAUGGUUCAAGGUUUAAGUUUCUUGACGGGUCUACCAAUCAUGGGCGCUAUUCUGAACAGUCAAAACAAUACCGACUAUUCAGGGCUCCAACUCUUUGCUUCUGUGAGCUGCAUCCUCGGUACGAGCCUGCUACUAGUAGCAACCUACUUUGUGUCCCAGUCGCACAAAACAUGGAAGGUCUAA